AUGGCAACAACCUCUCAACCCCCCCUUCGGUUUACGUCCCAUCACAAUCUGGUAUAUCGCCUGGUUUUGUCCACCCUCACCGGCCGCACAAUCCACAUUUCGCAAAUUCGUUCCUCGUCGCCCACGAAUCCGGGUCUUGCGCCUCAUGAAAUUUCUUUCCUCCGUCUCCUAGAUGCAAUCACCAAUGGCUCUCAAAUGGAGAUCUCAUACACCGGAACGGUGCUUGUUUACAAGCCCGGUCUGAUCACCGGCAGCACGGCCGGUACUGGAGCCAGCGGCGGCAUGAUCACUUACGAGCUUCCCUCAAACUGUAACCGCGGUCUCAGUUACUUCCUGAUCCCGCUCUGUCUGCUGGCCCCCUUCGCCAAAGCACCCAUGAAGGUGCUCUUCACAGGACCCGGUGUCAUCACCUCGUCGACACCGACCGGAGAUAUGUCCGUCGAUAGCGUUCGCACUGCGAUCCUCCCUCUGUACAAGCAAUUCGGUAUCUUCAACAACAUUGAGCUCCGUAUCUUGAGGCGAUCAAACCCUGGCCCCACUGGUAGGGGUGGCGGUGGUGAAGUGCAACUCGUGUUUGGCCACCAGGUCCGUCUGCCGAAGACUCUGCACUUGAUGAACGCCGGCCGCAUUAAGCGCAUCCGUGGUGUUGUAUACUCGGUUGGUGUGUCUGGCUCGAACAAUGCUCGCAUGAUUGAGACUGCCCGUGGUAUCCUCAACCCACUCAGCCCUGAUACUUAUAUCUUCUCCGACGUUGCGUCUGCGCCUUUGGUACCAGCUCCGGAUAAGACCAACCCCCAAGCCAAGAAGAAGAUCGGUCUUGGAUUUGGUUUGUCCUUGGUAGCGGAGUCUUCCACGGGCUGCCUAUUCUCGGCCGAUGUGGCCUCUCCGCCAUCGGGUGGUCAAGCCCCCGAGGAGGUCGGAAAGCAGUGUGCAUUCCAGCUUCUGGAGACGGUUGCCAAGGGAGGUUGUGUGGCUCCUGCGGCUGCGACGACCAUGUUCACUCUCAUGACCAUGGGCUCGGAGGAUGUUGGGCGGCUGCAGGUUGGCCGAGAUGUAAUUGCUGAUCCCAACGUGGUCCAGCUCGCUCGAGACCUGUCCAAGUUCGGUGCCCCCGGUUGGGGUAUCCGAGACGCACCUGACAAUGGAGAUGGAGAUGUGAUUGUCAGCAUUGUCGGCCGUGGAAUCGGUAACGUCGGCAGAAAGGUUGCUUAA